GCUAUUGUGGCGGUCCCGGUAUAUAAGGUCCCGCCCGCCGGCCGUGCUCCCCACCUUGCCUGCGCUUACUCGGAGCCCGCGCCUCUCCACGCACCCGGCACCCUGCGAGACGCGCCGCGCACCGACGGAGCGGACAUGGGCAGAGCGAUGGUGACCAGGCUGGGACUGGGGCUGCUGCUGCUGGCGCUGCUCCUCCCCACGCAGAUUUAUUCACAGUCCACAACUGUCUCAACUCCAGUGACUACAACUAACUCCACUCCAAGUACCUCGACUACUGCAGCUUCAGCUUUAGUUUCAAAUUCAACUUCAGCUUCAACUUCAACUUCUACUUCCACUUCUACUACUAAAGCCACCAAUGGGAGUGAUGGUGCCCUGCAGUCAAUCUCAUGUCUCUUCAUGAUCUUGUUCUCCCUUCUACACCUCUACUGUUAAGAGACUCAGGCCAAGAAACAUCUAUACUUCUCCAUCUUAAAUGGUGUCUAGAUGUCCCCUGCAGCAAGGAAAAUCCAGGUCUUCACUGAAUCUGCUAAUUCUGCUCCUUAUUUUGUUGAUAUAGAAAAUGUUGAGGAUGCCAAAUUUGAUUUGAAGAGCACAUGAGGGUUUGACUAGAUGGUGAAUGCCAAUAUCAAAUCUGCUGAAGUGUCAUGUAGAAGAUGAAGAAAGUGAACAUCUAGAAUGAGUUGUGAUUUCCUUAAAUGUGGCUUCAGGAAUAUACACACACAAAACCCAAUCUUGAAAAUAAGAAUAGAUGGGAUGUAGAAUUAAGAUUCAGUUUUCAUUUGGUUUACUAAAUUUUUAUUGCCAUUAACAGUUCCAUUAAAAAAGCAACUUCUAAGAUUCUAUUUAUGUGUACAGGAGAAGGAACUUGCAAGAGUUACUGUAAAUCCUCAAUUUAAUAUACUAAUUCAAUGCUGGUAAACUUUAGGUAGAAAGUUUUACAUUGUCAAGCUAUCACUUUGUCUUGGGACCUGAAUGCUUUCCUCUGCAGCUUUGGAUUUGACAUUGCACUCGACUUUUGUAUGUAGUAAUGGUAUGUUUUUGGGCAAUGAUGAUUUGAAAUCUAACCCCAAAUCCAUGAAUAAAUGAGUAAAUUUUGCUUCUGUACUUUAGUCAUCUAUUCCUGUUCAACAAGAGCAGCAGAUUCAUUUAGCUAAAGUGAUUCCAAGGAAUAGAAGGGUAUUGGCUUCAACUAAUGAUGAAUGCAUAUGUCAGAUACUUUUUGAUGAUGGAAAAAUGAUGUUUUGAAGAUGAAAUGAAUACAUCUUGAAAUUAAAUCAAAUAUGUGAAGCAGCCAAAACUGUAAAUCAGGUAUUUGGGAAGUGAAGACUGGAAGGAAGAUAACUUGCAUUAAAUUCAGAAAAACUUUUAUACUGAUAAUGUAAAUACUUUUUUUUAAAAAAAUAAAACAAAAACCUGAAUCAAUAGCUACAUCUGGAACACUUUCUGUAAUCAGUUAAUAUUUUUAGAUAGUUAGAACCUGGUCCUAAACCCAAAGUCAGCUUGAUUCUGAAAAGUAGCUCUUUUCAUGGCUGCCUCAAUGCACAGAAAUCUUUUUAAAAAUAGACACUCCUUAAGUCUUUUGUUCGCAUGGUCACACACUAAUGCUUAGAUGUCCCAGUAUCUUGAUGGCUGCAGUAGUCUUGAUGACCAAAGUCCUUCUUUUUUCCAUCUUUAGAAUUCUACAUGGGAUCAACCCUAUUUAACAAAUCUCAAGCUACUGUGUGUGUGAAUGAACAUUCCCUUUUUUUUCAAACCCGAAUGCUGUACAUCUAUUUUGAAUUGUAUAUUGUGUUUGUGUAUUUAUGCUUUGAUUCAUAGUAACUUCUUAUGUUAUGGAAUUGAUUUGCAUUGAACACAAACUGCAAAUAA